CAUCACUCGAUUAUAACAACCUAUUCCUUUUCUUCUUCGUUUUUUUUUCUUUUGAAAAACACCAUAAACUGGAAUGAAGAUAUGUACAAAGAAGAAAAUGCCACUGAUAUCGGAUAAAAUAGAUAACAUCGAUUUAAUAAUAUUUAAUGUUUAAUUAAAGAGUAAAGUUUGACUUGAGAACUUCCGGAGCGGUCAGUUCCUUAGUAACAAGGACAGUAGCCAAACGGUUUGUUUGCAGUUAUCGUUUUCUGCUUAAACUAGUUAAAUAACUAAUAAAACCGGAAAAUACACAGGAGAAAAAGCAAGCACAGCAGAUAAAAUGGCUUCCGAUAAAGAAAUGGUCUCAUAUUUGAAACAAAUUCGAUAUCUAGAGGAGCAGCUGGAUAGCUGUCGGCCUAAACAAGAGCAGAUGGAGAAAGAAUACCAGGAGCUCGUCUCUGAAUUCGCCGUGCUGCAGGAGGACUCAAAAAUCCAGACUGGUCACCUGAAACGCAUCCUGACUGCAAAAGAAAAGAAGGUGACUGAGUUGUUGGAACAGCUGGAGAAUGAGCAUCAGGAAGCCAAACGCUACAGAGACAACCUGAUGCUGCAGCACAGCAAGGAGAUGCAGGAGAUGCAUGAGCGGAUUGAAAAGCUCAAGUCAGAGAACAAGAUAGACGUGAAAAAGUUGGAGCAGCAGAAGAAGGACCUGAUUUCAGUGAACUGGCGUCUGUCUGCCAUGGAGUCUCUGUGGAAGCAGCUGGAAAAACAGAAGGAAGAGCAUGACAUUGCCACCAAAACAGUGAAGGUGGCAGAACAGGUGGAGAUGGACAGGAAAGUUGAGCGAUUGCAGAGCAUCGUGGAGCCUACUGUAAAGCUGAAGACUGAAAAAAUACUUACGAAAAACAGGGCUGAGCACGAGGAGCGGCUGGAGCAGCUCCACUUUCUGAAGAGUGAGCUGGUGCCCCUGCAGGAGGACGUAGACGCCAUGCAAGCCAGACAGAGGGAUCUUUGUUCUGAACGAGAUGAACUGGAGAAAGAUUUCAUUAAGAUUAUUCAGCAGAAAUCCAUCCUCAAGAAGAACGUACAUGAGCUAAGAGAGCAGUGCCAGCAGUUGACUACAGAGCUGAAGGACUGUACGCUGGAUAAGCUGCGCACACUGGCUAAAAUCAAGACUCUCGGCCAGAGUCUGUCUUUAGUGCACGAGGAGUGCCGUCAAAAAUCAGCCAGGAUAACUUCACUCUCAGACCAGAUCCAGAAAGUCAGGUGCAAGAAUUUGAAGCUGGAGGGUGUCAAGCAGGAAGCAGCCAUCAUUCUCGGACACAUCCUGUCGGAUGCAGAGAAGUCGUCUGAGAAUCAGUGGAAGGUGCAGAGGCUGCUGGAGAUCCUGGAUAGCACCGCCGUGCUCUGAAGAUGACCUCUGGCCUCAUGCCAGUCAGGAAUCAGACACAGGAGCUUCUGCAGAAAGCUGAACAAAAUCCUGUCAAAAGUGAGGAAGAAAAAGUGGUUAUGAGUCCGUCACCUGUGUGAAAAUAAACAUCUCUUUAAGACUGUUCUGGUA